AUGCCCUGGGGCUCCACAUUUACCGCAGAUGGGGCGGCCCUGUGCAUCCCAUCGGUGGACCAGGAGUGGCGUGAAGUUCUGUCCCUGAAGAAGGACGUGGCGCUGACUGUGCUGAGCCGCCACAUGGUCCGAGCAGAGGCCCAACUGAGAGUGGACUCGGCCCUGGCCUGGGAGCAGCAGCAGCAGGAGGUUCUGACCCGACUGCGCCUCCAGAACCUGCGGCUGGACUCUCGGAUCCACAGACUGCAGCAGGAGCUCCAGGAGGCGGACCGCAACGCCACCAACCCCUUCCAGAGGCAGUACGAGAGGCUACAGACCCGCACCAGCGAGAGGAAGAGGAGGAGGCAGAGGAGGCAGCAGGAGGCCAGAGGAGCCCAGGCCAGGCUGCUUCAGAGACUGCAGAUGCAGAGCCACACGAAGCAAAGACUGCAGAACACUGAGGCACAAAUCCAGCACCAACGGGAGAAACUGGCCGAGGUGGACGCCAUCUUGGCUCAACGCAGAGACGCACUAACACGCGUCAAACGGGCGGUCAGCUCUCUGCAGAAGGACCGGGGUCGGCUGAGGGAGCAGUGUGGCCUCAUGGGAAAUGUAGUCCUCCUGAAGGACUAUCACAGCACCCAACAGGCCAUGGCUGCACUGGAGGGAAAGCUGCAGGAGUUAAAGUGUCGUCAGGCGGAUUUAGAGUUUGACUUUGAGCAAAGGAAGAAGAGGUUUCAGACAAUUUGA